CCAUAAUCAUAAUGCUGACAGUAGAAAGCAACAUAGCGUGAGAUAGCGAGACAGUGUUGCAAACAUUUGGGUUUCUGCAAUUUUUUUUUAUAAAAGGGUCCUUUAAUUAUUCGCUUUCAUCGAAAUCUUUGUUGUUUCAAAUUUCUUUGUCAAUUGUCAUUAUUCAUUUUGGUGAGAAUGAAUGCCUGUAGUGUAAAGUUUCUCGUGUAAUUACUAAAAUACUGGGGAAAACAUUAAACACUUGUGCAGACCGGCAAUCGCAAACGAUAGUGUAUUGUUUUCAUUUGUUUAUAUGCUUUACGUCAAAGGUUAUUACGUGUACUUUCUGAGUUUUGCCGCAUGUGAAAUGAAUUUUGUCGAUGAUUUGCCAUCCAACGUGUUGUGACAGCUAAAUAAAAAAAAACUGAUUUAAAAUUUACGAGUGAAAACUUCCGUGGAGUGUUGGUUAUUGUAUCGCACAUUCUUCAUAAUUCGGGCUGAAGUAUCUUACUUUAUACCACCGAUUGUGAAAAAUGCUAGUAAUCGGCAGAAUAGGUUCUUUCGAGAGAAUGUUCUAUAAUGCACAUUUGGUAUUCAGUUCAUUAGUUGUUUUGUUACAAGUGAGCCAUGCAUCUGAAAUUUUAAGGCCUCGUGGUGUGUCGAUAUCGAAAGCUUCGUUUUAUGUCCCUGAGCGAGAUUUCACGUGCAUGGAUGGUAGUGCUACAGUUCCAUUUAUUUAUGUUAAUGAUGACUAUUGUGAUUGUGAAGAUGGUAGUGAUGAACCUGGAACACCUGCUUGUCCCAAUGGAACAUUUCAUUGCACUAAUGCAGGGCACAAACCUUUAAACAUUCCAUCUUCCAGAGUAAAUGAUGGCAUUUGUGAUUGCUGUGAUACAUCUGAUGAAUAUGCUAGUCAGGCCAGUUGUGUAAACAAUUGCAAUGAAUUAGGAAGAGCAGCUCGUGCUGAGGCACAGAAAUUGGCAGAGUUAACUAAACAAGGAAGUGAAUUGCGUAUCCAACUUAGUAAAAAAGGAAAACAAAUUCGUCAAGAAAAACAGGAAAAACUGAAUCAACUUGAGAAAGAUCUUGGUGAAGCAGAACGUUUGAAGAAAGAGAAGGAAGGCUUUAAAAUUGCUGCUGAAGAUUUAGAGGGCAGUGCUCUAAAACAGUAUCAGCAAGAAGAGGAAGAAAGAAAGCAAGCCCAGAAUGAAGAGGAAAAACGAGAAAAUGAGCAAGAGGCCUUUGAAUACUUUCAUAAACUGGAUUCCAAUCAAGAUGGAAAAUUACAGCUCUCUGAACUUCAAGUGAGACAGACCUUUGAUUCUAAUCGAGAUGGAGAAGUUUCCGAGGAUGAAGCAAAGUUUUUGUUGAAUCAACAAGAAGAGAUGAGUUGGGAAGACUUCGUAAUCUCAGGAUGGCCUCGCAUGAAACCUCUCCUCAUGCUGGACAAAGGACUAUUCCAAGGUCCGGACAGUACACACACGGCAAAGCAGGAGGGAGAUAAUAAUCAGGAGGAAAAGGAGCAUAUCUCUGAAGGGAAAGAAGAAGAACUAGAUCGUAGUGAAGAUGAUGAAGAUGAAGAAGAAGAGGAGGAGGAGGAUGAUAAAUUGUAUGAACCUCAUCCGGAAGAGGAAGACCCCUCUGCUUAUGAAGAGGAUGAGGAGGAAGGAGAAACUGCAAAUGAGGAGGCAAACCAAGCUCGAUCUGAAUUUGAAGAAGCGGAUCGUAAUGUCAGAGAUAUUCAAAGAGAAAUCCAGCAAAUCAAAGACACUCUUUUGAAAGAUUAUGGUCCUGAAGAGGAAUUUGCUCCACUAGAUGGUGAAUGCUUUGAAUUCACUGACAAUGAGUACAUAUACAAACUCUGCCCAUUUGAUCAAGCAACACAAAGAUCCAAGUCUGGAGGAGCUGAUACAAGAUUGGGUUCAUGGAGUGGGUGGAUAGGAGCAGACGAUGAUAAAUAUAGAACCAUGCUUUUUGAUGGAGGUCAGUCUUGUUGGAAUGGUCCUCAACGGUCUACUAAGGUCAAAUUGCUUUGCGGAACAGAGCAUGCUCUUAAAUCAGUGAGUGAACCCAACAGAUGUGAAUAUUUUUUUGAAUUUGUUACUCCUGCUGUGUGCCUGCAAUUGGAUUCAGGUGAUAAACAGGACAACAUUAAAGAUGAGUUGUAAAACAGUGUUCAUCACUUGAAAACUUUCAUAAACGUGCAGUGUUGUAGAAGUUCUGUUGUUAAGUGACUGGAGAUAAUUGACGAUUUCCUGUCCUUGGGAGUUGGUGUGGUACUGUCUAGGUCCUUUUGGUCAAACAUCACUAAUGUAUGUGUGUGGCUUUUGGAUGUUCUUUUCUUUCUGUUAUUUUGUUAAAUGAAAAGGUACUAUUCAGUUCUGUACAAAAUAUAUUAGCACUUACUGAAAGAGUAUAGAUGUCAGCUCAAAUUCAGGGAAUAUUGAUGAUUGCUCUGUUGAGACUUUGAGUAAUUUUCUAUUACAUAAGUGCUCACAGGCUUUGAACAACCUUUUCUAUUAGUAUUCUCUUGAGAUGCACCUGCACUCUUUCAAUGGAAUGGUUUGCACAACAUUAAAACUGAAAAUGUGCUACCUUUGUCCAAUGAGUCACUCGUUAAAAUGCAUCAAUAGAUUUAAUAAUCACAUUUGGGAUUUUGAAUGUUACUUUAUGGUUUUAUGGUGUACAUUUGUAGUUUUAGUUUUACUAGUGUAGAUCAUUGUGCUGUGGACUUACAAAACAAAGUAUUAUGGAGUUUGCUUUGUUGUAGUAAAUGAUCAUGAGUAAGUGAGAUUUUGUUAAGUUAAUUCUGUUUUGAAACAGUAUGCUAGUACUUGAUUUUCAAUUAAUGAGCAUUAUUUGCACAUUCCACGAAUAAGUGAAAAAAAGGUUGAUCUUUCAAUUUGACAUUUACGUAAUAUGUGUUAAACUAGUAUUUUAUGAGCAUUCUUUUGAAUUGUGAAUGUCCAGCAUGUGAAGUAUGUAUGUUAUCUCAAGAUUCUUACAUUGUUUUAGUUGGUAUUGGAAAAUUAUGUUCUUGUAAAUUGUUGUUAAUGGCACAAUUUGAUUUCUUGACCUUGUAUGGCCACUUUAUUGGAUUUCAAGUCAGUACAUUUUUUUGAAAUAUAUGCCAUGGAUAUGUGAACUUUUUAUUUUUAAAUGUUCAAACCUAACCAUUAAUUUAAACAUUACCCGAUCUUCCAUCUGUAAUUCCAUCUUUAAAACUGUUAUUUUUAUCUGUAAUGUUCACAGAAUUUAACUGUCUUAUUUCUUCAUAUGCAUUUGAAUUCAGUUUUCCAAAUUAGAAAAAAGGUCUUGAAAUAAAAUUUUAUCGAAUAUUUUGUUUAAUAAAUGUAUAACAAUGUAUUUUUAUUCUUACUUCUUUAUAUCUG